CUAACCGUAUUUGUGUUGACGCGCGCGGACGAAGAGCUGCUAAGUCUGACAAAAUAUAAUUUGUGUAACGUCACCUGUGCAGUUAAAACCCACCGCCAUGGCGUCAUAAACGGCUGAAGGGAGGCACGGUUCAUGCUCGGUAGGUGACCGGAGUCAGGCAGCCUUUCGCCGCAGAGCCGAGACGCCGCGGCCCGACACACAGACGGCUGUGUGGCCGCUGGAGGAGCGACAAUGAGCUCGGAGCACCAGAGCGACAGCGAGGACGCAGACGAGUCGCAGGACAGGCCCAACAGCGGCAGCGCCUCCGACAAAGAGGAGGACCCCGACAUCGACGACUCGGACGUGGAGGAUGACAUCGCUCCGAGGGUUUCUCCGUCACCGCCGGGGAGCGGCGGGAGCAGGCCGGAGCGCAGCGCGAGGUCGGAGGAGCGAGAGCCCUGCUGCGAACCGGCCGCCGCGCCGCAGGCAGGGAGCGGCGAGGGCUCCAGCGCCGACAGCCGCAGGGGGAACAGUCUGUUUUCAUGGCUGCAGAGCAGGACUAUAAGACGGGGAGUGUUUGUGGACCCAGCCCGGGAGAACUUCAGGACAAUGACCAGUCUGUACUGCUCCAUGAACCCGGCUGCAGAGUCUGUCAACCUGAGCACUCAGACCCACGGAGCGGUGUUCAACCUGGAGUACUCCCCGGACGGGUCUGUGCUGACUGUGGCCUGCGAGCAGACUGAGGUCCUGCUGUUUGAUCCCAUCUCAUCCAGACAUAUCAAAACCCUGACGGAGGCCCACGAGGACUGCGUCAACAACAUAAGGUUUUUGGACAAUCGUUUGUUUGCCACCUGCUCUGACGACACCACCAUUGCAUUAUGGGAUCUCCGUAAGCUGAAUUCAAAGGUGUGCUCAUUGCACGGCCACGCCAGCUGGGUGAAGAACAUCGAGUACGACACCAACACUCGGCUCCUUGUCACAUCUGGCUUCGACGGAAACGUCAUCACGUGGGACACUAACAGGUUUACAGAGGACGGCUGCCCGCACAAAAAGUUCUUCCACACUCGUUACCUGAUGAGGAUGCGUCUGACGCCCGACUGUUCCAAAAUGCUCAUCUCCACUUCCUCAGGGUAUCUGCUCAUCCUCCACGACUUGGACCUCACCCAGUCCCUCGAGGUGGGCAGCUACCGCAUGCUGCGAGCACGACGGACGCCCCUCAGCUCAGAUGGAGGCACGUCAGCGUCCAGGUCAGCUGGAACUCCUCGCCAGGGAAACGACUCCAGCAAGAUCCACCCUCCUCGUGAAGGUCUUUCUCCCAGAAACAGUCUAGAGGUUUUGACUCCAGAGAUCCCCGGAGAGAGAGACCGAGGGAACUGCAUCACCUCUCUGCAGCUCCAUCCGAAAGGCUGGGCCACGCUCAUCAGAUGCUCCAGCAACAUGGACGACCAGGAGUGGACGUGUGUGUACGAGUUCCAGGAAGGAGCGCCCACCCGCCCGCUGGUGUCCCCCCGCUGCUCCCUCCGCCUCACCCACUACAUCGAGGAGGCCAACGUGGGCAGGGGCUACAUCAAAGAGCUUUGCUUCAGCCCGGACGGACGACUCAUCUGCUCCCCGUAUGGCUACGGUGUCCGCCUGCUGGCCUUCGAUGAGAGCUGCGGCGAGUUGGCCGACUGCCUGCCCGUCCAGACCAGCUGCCUCAGGGAGAUCCGCUCCAUCUACUCACACAGCGACGUGGUGCUCACCACCAAGUUCUCCCCAACGCACUGCCAGCUGGCCUCGGGCUGCCUCAGUGGACGUGUCGCCCUUUACCAGCCCAAGUUUUAGCAACUGGUGCUGUGAAACAACAGUGUGCUGCAGAUCUGGGUAAAGAAGUGCUCAUCAGGGUUCCUGCACAGAUCUAGAAAUGGGUCGAAGAAGAAAACUGUACAACUACAUGUUUACUAUGAUUUUAAAUUCUGAGCAUCUAAGUUAUUUAUGCAGAUUUCUGUUGUGCAAAAACUACGCCUAUGUUUUAAGGGCCUGUAGACAUGGUGUGACUUUGAUCGCCUGGAAAGAGAGAGGUCAGGCGCUGGGUGCUACUGUUGAGCCAACUCUGUACAGAGCGCAGAGGUAGGUUGUGUCUGAGGUUGCUAAGCGACCAUAACAAGCACCGUAUCACAGCCUAUUUACCAAAAGUCCUGAGUGCAGAGCUGAUCUUCCUCCAGCCAUUGUCUCUUGUCUCUAUUACACCUAAAAUGUUCUCUCUGCACUAAAACCAUCAACUUCUCCUCCAUAUUUAUCACAGACUGAUAUUUACAUAACAGGUUGGUCCGUCCUUGUCACAUGACAUGCGGUGCGUGCUGCUGCCUUUCAAAAGUUAAACUCUUUUUAUCUCAGAGUGUGGCUAUUGCGCCUUGAAAAAUAGGUGUUUGGGAAAGCUUGGGCUCCAUGAAGGCAUCACUCUGGCUUUUGAGCACACCUGCCAUGUGUAUGGCCUCUAAUAUGGCCUACUUGGUGUCCCUUAGUAGAAAUUAUAUGAAAGCCAUCAACGUAAAUUAAAAUUUGAAAAUAAAUCUGAAUCUUCAGGAACCUUGAAUAACUAGCAUUUGUUUUAAAGUGCUCAGUGGUCCAGAUGGAUGGGCAUAACUGCCUGUAGGUAUCUAAAAUAGUUUGAGAUGUGAUAUAAAUUGAAUAUUGGGAUUCCUCUCGACCCUCUACCAGACAAUCUGUAUGGAAAACUCCACCCAUCUGGUACCUAAAAUGGAUAAACCGUAAAGAUAUUUAAGCACUUCUGAUCCCAGGUCUGCAGCUGUGAACCAGACUGAGUUUGUUUUGGUGGGAACUGUCAGCUGAUGGCCACCUGAAGAAAAGAAAAAAAUUUAAGCAGUGGAUUUAAACUUUGAGCCUCUCUGACCCUGAACUUCACGAAAAAAAAGACAAAGGGCACUUGAGGUUUGCAAAGUAGACUCUCACCCAGACUGAGGAGAGGGUCGGAAGUCCAAACCUUCAAGAGGUGCAACGUGGCAUCGGUCAAAAACAAACUCUGUUUUUCAUACUAAAGAUUAAUUUUGGUCUCUAACGCAGUAGAAAACUUUUGCGACUCAGCACAUCCGGACGUCGCUGUCUCGGGACGAAAACACUAAGGAUGCAAACAGACAGAUAUUAAUGCAUUAAUGAUUCUAACGAGACAAACAAGAAACGGGCACUUGUGUCUGUCGUCUGUUGUCGUCGAUCGUCUUGACUCGGCGUCCUCCGCUGCGGAUCGCGUCGCUCUCAGCUGCUCCGCUCUGCUCAUGCCUUCUUCACAGGUGCUGCUUCUCUGCUCAUACAAUCUGAACUUUGACCCCCGACUUCAAGGACCUCAUCGGCAACGCCUUUACCCAUCUGUUCUUUUCCACCUUCACCCUGUUUCCGCCUUCAUGCUCUUUACUGUUUUUUUAGUGGUUUUAUUGGUGUAUUAAUGUUGGCACUACUUGUUCACGGUGUUUAAUUCAUUUGAUUCACUUUUUGCCAUGGUUGAGGUGGCUUCGGGACGAGUUCUGUUCAAAUAACUUCUCAUUUCUCUUCACAAUUUGUCUGUUUUUAUCUGAAGCCUGUGAAUGGUAACUUCAUGCUGUCUGUUUUCCAAACCCACUUUCUGUGCAAACUGCUACUGCAAGUUUUUCAUGCUUUGCAAAGGAAGUACUUUUAACAGUUACAUAUUUCUUCCCUGAAAGAUAAGGCUGGCUUUAUUCUGUAUUCUCUAGUUAUUUAUUUUUCGUAGAAGCCUGGUAGUCCGUCCCUGAAGUCAUGUAAAUUUUUAAAAAACAUUGCUUGAGUUUUUUUAAUAAGGCCCAGUAAUUUCCUGAAACAGGUCGUCACUGUAGUUUGAAGGAAACAUUACUCAAACAGGACUAAAUAGUAAAGUUUUUUGGGACUACUUUCAGCCGCGGCGGAAUACACAAUUAAUCUUCUCGUAAGUAUUUAUGGCAGCACGAUAGUGUAUAGAGGACUGGUAUGAAGAAACUACAAUGCCCUUGUUUAAUCUGUAUGUAACUUUCAGAAAAUUUCAGAAAUCACCUUGGCAUCGACCAAAACAGUGACAAACACCAGACUGAACGUCAUCAUGUUGACAGAAUGCUGGAAAAUGAAUAACAGUCAUAUUUAGAAUAACGUUACUAUCUGUGUUUCAUUUGGACCAUUGGCUCCGUCAUAUUACGUAUAGUACUGUUCAUAAAUUACUUUAUCAGCUGAAGUUACAAGCAACCAUGUAGAGUAGCUAACUUUCAGCUAGCUGGCUAAACUUAGUUCGGGUUACUGUUAGCUUGUUCGCCGGUAAUGCAUCACUCCAGCGAUUUGUACAUAAUUUAUUGUUGACUAAAUCAACGCCAUUUGUCAUAAUACAUGAGUUAGCGCCAUGUAUCACAUUAGCUGAGGGAAUAAUUUGGCAAGUUUGCUAACCAGCAUAACCACUAGCGGUAAAUGUUGGUGAGCAAGCAAGCUAACGUUAGCCAGCUAGCUGUAACUAAGCUAUGCUGUAUUGAUCUGGUGUUGGUUGUUUUGUAAUGUUAGCUGAAAAUGUCAUUUGCAAAUGGUAAAAUAGCUAAUUUACCAGCAAGAUCAACCCUGGGGUGUGGAUGAAUUAAAUGACAUAAAUAACCCAGGACAGUAUUUUUCUACCUUAGCUAGCUAGCAAUUCAAGCAAGCUAACGUUAGCUAACACUAGGCAGCUAAAACCACAAUAUCACAAUAUAAUUAACAUGUCAGUGCUUCCUCUGAUGUUAGAAUUUCUUUCAACACCAGGGGCAGUAAAAUUAUGAUAUGAGACACUGAAUUUGAUGGAUUUACUGGUAAUCAGACCACAAAUGAGACAAAUAUUAGCCAGCACAGCCUGUGGACCCUCCGCCUCAAUCACCACCGCCAGGACACUACCUCCCCAGGCUAAACUCAAGUAACUACAUGGCGCUUAGUGAAGGUUCGUCUCCGUCAGGCUGCCACUGCUAUAAUGGAAACACGGCGUGUGUGGACUGUGUUGUGGUGUUUGUCAGUUAUUUGUUGAUGUUGGCGGACUCCAUGUCUUAGCUAACGUUAGCUAUUGUUGCACACGUUUGGGACUGUAGCAGAGCUGAAGAGAAGCAAGUAGGGUUGCAACGAUAUACUAGUUUCAAGGUGUACCAUGAUAUUAAAAUUUACGGUGUACAUUUGCUCAUCUACUUUACUGAAAAAAAAAAAAAGAUGCUUGACGGAGAAUCUCAGCCUUUUUUUUUUAGUAUUUUUCAAAAGGGAGACUUUUUACUGGAACUUCCAUUAAAAAUGUUUCAAUUAUAGUAAUAUAAUGUCAAAAUAACCCUUCUGUUUAAAUUCCUUUAAGGGUCAUUUUGACUGAUAAUAAUUCUAAUAAUUCUGUAAUACCAUGAUACUGUGAAAUGGACAUAUUUUCGGAGACUGUUAUCGUACCUUUAAAAUCUCAUACCAUUGCAACCCUAGAGGCACUCAAACAUCACAUCCUCUGGAUUUUACUGGAAAAUUCGGCCCUAAAUCCUUCACCUAGAAAUCAGUCCACAGGCUUCAAAGGAAAUCAAAAAAGUUGGGCAAAAUUUCAGUUAAAGUUACAUAGCAACAUAUUCACCCAUUAGCAAUUUAACAAAAGAUAAUGUCUGGUACAUACAGAAUCCUUAAUGAGCAUGUGAGCACAGACAUGGUUGGUUUAGAUUUUUUUUUUAUUUUUGAUACUAAGAAAAAUACAGAAUAUUGCCAGCUUCAUCCUUUCCUCCGGUUUCUUGUUGACUUUUUUGGCCAGCAGUUUUUGUCAGAAGAAGUUGCCUCAGCAUCGUCCGCUUAACCUUUUUAGGAUUAAAUUGCUGCCAAGAAACAUUUGACUUGUUUUUCUACCUUGUACCUCAUUUUGUUGGUUUCUGAAAAGAGUGUUGAUCCACAUCAGUGUUUGAUUUUUCUCUCUCGCAUCACAUCCAGUUUCUCCCUUUUACAGUGUUGUCAUGAAGGUGACCUAUCAGGUUGUUUUUCCUCUCUAAGGACUGAAUGGGUUGCUUUUGACUGUUCUAGUAUCGGCGAUGCUUUUGUGUUUUCCGACCAGUGUAGUAUAGCUGCUGUAAGAGCCAAGCACACGCGUGGAUGUUACACCUUUAAUGUAAACUGGUAACAGUGCAUACUGACUGACUGCAGAAUAGAUAUUACGUAAACAAAAAAUAGACAUUAGCGUAUACUACUAUGCAUACCGGCCUUUAUGAAGAUUCUCCUUUCUUAUUUAUGCCAGGGAGAUGCUCUGUGUGGAGCUGUCAGAUGCCAAAAUGUGAUUUGCAUGGACGAGGCAAUGCUGCUCCUCUGUAGUGUAACUGUGAGCUGAGAACUUAAUGUGAACAUCUGCUAUUAGGGACUUAUUAAAAUUUUUAUAUGUGGCAAAAGUUUAAAGGUCCAGUGUGUAGGAUUUAGGGGGAUAUAAUGUCAUAUAAUGGAAUAUAAUGUAAUAAGUAUGUUUUCUUUAGUGUUUGAUCGUCUGAAAAUAAGAAUCAUUUUCGUUUCCUUAGAAUAAGAUGUAUAUACAGGGAGCUGGGCCUCAUCUGCAGAGAUCACCAUGUUGCAAUGGGGUUAGGGGGUUAGUUUCUGCUGGUUGUAAUCUGUAAUCCUCUCCACUAGAUUCCAUUAAAUCCCCCUGAAUCAGACACACUGGACCAUAACAUUGUAAAAGGAUUAAUUGAUUUUUUGGAAAUAAGCUCUCCUUCUUGCAGAAAGUGAGAUGAGCAAAUUGAUACUUGUCUCAGACUUGUCUUUUGAAUAUAAAGCUACAGCUAGCAGCUUGUUAGCUUGAUUUAGCUUAGCACAAAGAAUGGAAACAGCUAUCCUGCAUCCUCCUAACAGCAUCUCUUAAUAUAAUUAUAAUACCAUAUGGUAUGCCUGUUUAAUUCGUUUAAAAACUGGAGUGUAAAACCAAAUCUCGCACGUUUUUGGACCAGACUAUUUCUUGGCUGGGGUCAGUAACUCUUUAGAAUCUCUGCUGGUUGCCUGGCAACCAAACAAAGAAACAUUGCAGGACAUAGCCCCCGUAAAAUGACAUAUUUUUGGUUUAACGCUUUGGUUUUUGUAUCGAUAAAAUAAACAAGUGUGUUAUGUGAGCUUUACAUCUGUUGGUAGGAGGGUUUUGUUGCCGCUCUAGAGCCAGGCUAGCUUAAGCUAAUGAGCCAGCUAAUGUAAGCUAACCAGCUGCUAGCUCUAACUUUGUGCUAUGUCAGUGAAGAUAACUGCCUGCUAGCUGUAGCUUUGUGCUUAGACAGCUAAGCUAACAGGGGAGUAGCUGGUGCUUCAUGAUUUGCUAUCUAAGCUCACCAGCUGCUAGAUGUAGCUUUGUGCUUAGCAGGCUAGGGUUACAGGCAGCUAGCUGUAGCCUUGUGCUAUGCCAGCUAAGCUAACCACCUACUAGCUGUAGCUUCAUGGUAUGCCAGCUGAGCUUACUGACAGCUAGCUGUAGCUUUGUGCUUAACCAGCUAAUCUACGCAGCUGCUAGCUGCAGCUUCAGGCUUAGCCAGCUAAGCUCAGUGGCUGCUAGUUGUAGCUUCGGGCUUAGCCAGCUAAGCUCAGUGGCUGCUAGUUGUAGCUUCAUAUUAUCUGGUGGUAUCAAUCUUCUCAUCUAACCCACUGCCAGAAAGGUAAGAAGUGUUUGUCCCAAAAUGUUUGAAAACAAAAAUGAAUUGGAAGAGAUUAAUUCAGAUUUGAGGUGAAAAUACAUCUAAAAAAAAAAAAACAGAUGUAACUGAUUUAGUAAUUCCCAGCUCACACAUGGUCCUGUUCGUAAAGAGGAAGGAUGCUUUUAACACUUUGUACCUCAGUUAAACUGCUCAAAAUAUAUUUCAGUAUCACAAAUGGACGAAUCCAUUUCACUUUCAGUUCAGUCAAUUCAGGGAUGUUUUCCCUCCUCUGGAAAAACUCAGAUCCCAACUUGCAGACAUCAAGAACUCUCUGGAAUGAUUUAAAUCCACAUUUAUAGCAUUUAUAUGACUAAGCUGAAGGUGAAAGGACCGGCCGUGCUGUAUAUUCAAUGCUGCUUUUAUUUUACUUCUAUUCACGAGCUCUUCGGAGAGAAGUGUCUUAUCUGCCAUUUUCACUUCAGGUAUAGCAACUAUAAAACCGGGUUCAUUUUUAUGACUCUGUUCUGUUUGUUUUUCACUCUUGUUCUGGGUUUUAAUCUGUAUUCUGUUGUGGAUUAAGGAUCUGAAUGUUCUCAGUAGUUCUGGUGUUUCCUGUGCACUGUCACCUGGACUGAUCACAGCUGGACGAGGGGGGGUGGACGAGACGAAAACUUGUUGAAUUGCUCACACUGUUGUUUCCUAAAUGGCUAUACACAGCAAGUAAUCUCAACAAUGAUACUAAAAUGGUACUUACUAUCACUGAAAUAAAAAGGUUAGCUUCUUUUGCA